AUGGCACAGGAAGCAGAUGAUUGUGAUGACUUUGACAUCUCUCAGUUAAAUUUGACUCCUGUGACUUCUACAACGCCAUCGACGAACUCACGUGAGUAUUCCCCGUUUUUCUGCCGCAACCUUCCACACAUUGUUUCCCUUUUCUGAGAUGGAGCUGUCAGAAGUAUCCAUGAAUGUAAUUAAAAAUUAAAUAAAUUGGGCGUCUUUGAAGUUGGGAAGACAUGAAAUCGAGGAUAAUCGCAUGGAGUUCAUGGAUGUCCGUAAUUAAUUACACACAUUACUUUUAAUGAAUUUCAUUUUUGAAAGACAGUGUAAUUUAGUUGUUGAAAGACAGUGUCAUCUUAAAUAUGCAUAAAAACUGGCUUGCACAAUCGGCUUUGGAAGUUCCCAAAGCUGGGAUUCUGUUUGCUAUAUUCAUGAACUAAGGAAAUCCAGAAAUUUGGUGAGGGUUUCUGCUCCCCUCCUCCAAUGGAAGCUGUGCUUGAUGCAAUGGUGGCUUAUUGAUUUUGGAUUCAUAAUUACCAGCCUUACUUGAGCAUUGUGAUUACAUUGUUGCAAAAACAUUUUGUGUGAAUCAACCCUAAAUUAAGAAUUGCUGAUGACAUGAUUCCCGUGCUUAAACACACAAUAAAACUGGAUGGAGGAGUUGGAUUUAAGCAGGUGUAGUGAUGGAUCAUCACUGCACUGAAGCAACAUUCCUUUAGUGUGCUUAAUGUGUAUUUCUGAUGGUACUGCAACAAUUGCAUUGCAAGUGAUUUCAGUGGACUACUGCUAAUUUUAUACUUCAUUUGUUUCACAGUGUAGUUAGAAGAAAUGACUCAGUAGGCAUCUGUAGUUUUUUAAAAGAUGGACAUCUUCCAGUGAUAGAAAGCUUCUAUUAUUUAUUUAUUUAUAUUUAUCUAAUUUUUGUUAAAGAUUUUAAGAUAAACGCAUUGGUACUGCUGCAUAAAUUAAAAACAAAGUAAACCCAGGACAUUGUUUGUUGUCAUAUGAAUGAUAAGAGGUUGCUGAAUUUUGCAAACUAAAAUUAAAAUAUUUUGAAUCUUUCAAAACUGUCAAACUCAAUGGUUCCCAAACACUUUACUAAGAGCAAUUUUGCCUUUUAAGACAAGUUUCUCAGAUCCAUUUAUUGUUAAUCUUGGGGGGGUGGGAUUGCCAAACCACACAGUGGCACUAGGCUCAUAGCCCACCCAGACACCUGCCAGCAGGUUCUCUGGUGAUAUUUAGGAGUCAGUCAUCCAUUCAAUUCAAAUUAUCUCUAUUGUCUUUAUUCAGCUCCAACUCCUGCUCCUAGACAAAGUUCUCCAUCCAAAUCCUCAGCAUCUCAUACCAGUGACCCUGCUGCAGAUGACCUCUUUGAAGAGGGCUUUGAAAGUCCAAGUAAAAGUGAAGAACAGGAAGCGGUAAGUGGGGCAAUUCCAAAUCAUUAACCCAUAAACUGCUCAGUUACCAUGUACAUGGUUCACAGUUUUGAAAAUUUUGAAAAUUAUAGUCAAGUUCUACUUUGCAUGAGUACUAAAACAUUUGCUGUAGAUCACAUUAAAGGUAGUAUUCAAUCAGCAAAAUUGGACUGUAGAAGAAAAUAGAGGAGAGUUUUCUAGUCCAGUUAUAGACAAUUAACAUUGACUUUGGGCAAUGAAGGUGGCCCUACAAAACAUAGAGAGUUAGGAUAUGAACCCAAAUGUUCCCUCAAUUUUUCUCCUUAUUUGAUGCAAUGUUUAAUCAAACGGAAGGAGAAAUAAUGAACCCAGCCCUCUUCCCCCACCCUUCAAACGCUUCCGAUUUUCUCCUGACUGCUCACAACUAAUGUAAAUUACAGAGGACAGAGUGUUGAUCAGUGCUCCCACUUCACUCUUCCAGUUUCCCCAUCAGCACCGAUAUGUGCUAGACUAGCACGUAUACUGCUGAAGCAAAAACGUGUAAGUCAAAAUGGAAGAUUGCACAGAUUAACUUAACAUUUUUAUCUACAUGUCAGCUUAUGCAGUCUAUUUGAGUGUUCCUACUUGUUAUACAUUUCUGCUGGAUUGUUCUCUCAUGAUUUAUUAGUCUGUAUCUACCUCCUCCUGCCAGCUCUUCGAAGAGACAGAAUUCAGGAGGCGCAACUGUGAAUUAGAUUUCAAGAACCGGAAGCAGCAGUGUGCCAUCAAAGCUUUGUGUGAUGGCACCAUUGUAGCCAAUAUAAAUUUGCAGUUCUGCCUUAGAAACACAGAAGGAUAUUGGGGCUGA